AUGCAUACGUUUAAGCUUCUCCUCGUCGCAAGCGCCGCCCUGCAGGCCGCCGCUCAGACUCGAAUCCCAACCGAGACCGGCGUCAUCUCGGAACCGCCGUUGGAGAGCCUCGGCAUCGGCACAGCAUGCGCGACCGUUAUAUCGUCGUUCGCCGCCGACGCGACCGACGCCCCCGUCCCCGACAGGUCCAUCUCCAACAUUGCUAUGGCCUUUGCACUGGGUCGCAUGUAUAACACCGAAGACCCUUGUAAGCUCCCAACCAUCACGGAGCGCGACUCGGCCAGCGCUUUUACGGCAUGGGCAUCUAGCUACACCGAGUGGCAGAGUGACCAGAUCCCCGAUUACCGGCAGGUGUGGACAGCAUGCAGUGAUGAGCCGCUGGUUUCAGAGAUUAUUCCUAUUGGAUCGAGUGUGUGUAGUAAUCUCGCUGCUGAGAUUACAGGGGGCUCUGGGUCGAACAACGAUGGGGACAACGAUGACGAUGACGACAGUGAGGAUAGCGGCAGUGACGGGGAUAGACGCAACUCCGAUGACGACAACGAUGAUUCGAACAGCAAUGAUAAUGAUCAGGGAAGUGAUAAUGAUGAUGGGAACACUGGCCUUCAGCAGGCCGUACCUGUCUUGUCGGCUGCUGUGGUGGCUGGCCUAAUCAUUAACCAAACCUCCGGGGAGAUACUACUCACCCAGCUCCAAGAUGCAAUCACGCAGUACGAUAUUACUGCCAAAUUCUCCUGCAGCGGAUCCCUUGACAUUAGCUACACCAAGCCUAAUAGGUUUGACAAGGCAGAAAAGCCAACAUGCCCCGAGCCUGCCAUAUUCUGGCAUCAGGACAAAGUAGGCAAGCGCCUUACUCUCGCCGGCUGCUACACCAAUCCAAAGCCUUGGGAAAAUAGUCUGGAUGAGUUGGUGGAAGAUUGCCGACCCGCCACUUUCGGACGCGACGGCAAAGAUGUGUUGGAUGAAAAGAUCCGCAAGGCCGGGGCGAUGGAAGCCAGCUGCUUUGCAACCAAUUUUAACCCUUACGACUGUGGCAUUUUGGACGCCAUUGGCCGUGAACUCCUGCCCAACAUCGUCAGAGCAGGAAAGCAACAAGCCGUGGAUCGGUGGGGUGUUCUGGCCAAGCUCUAUAAGCUGAACGUGUAUUCCGCCCCAUCAGGCAUGUUCAAACCGCACGUCGAUACUCCCUGUGGGCACACUCACUUUGGUUCGCUCGUGGUAGCACUGCCAACGACGUAUGAAGCCGGACAUCGCGUCACGCUCACUUACGAACUCUGGGUUGUCGACUACCUUGGCGGCCUUACCCAACCUCAAGCCAAAACACCAGGUUCAGCACUCUACGCUAUCUAUGAAAGGACCAAAGCCAUGCUCUCAUGCCCACAUCUACUCAGGCACGGCGGGGUUAUCGGGUACUGGUGCGCGUACCAGUACCCUGAGAGAUUUGUUGGUACAGAGUACUACGAGCGCUAUCUGCACACCCUUAAAGGCGUCGAUGCCGCCACUUUUGUGGUCUUUAGAUCUCUCGGGCUCACUGUGCACAUCAAGCCCUUUGACGCUGGACAAACCAUCGGUACCGUCGAUCAACGAACACGAUUUGGCUGUCUUCUUUCCACAGAACGAAAUCUUGAAGAAGCAGAGAUCAAGGUAGGCACAGGUUUCUAG